GAGCAACCGAAGCGGCAGACAUAGGUACGAUUCCAUGGCGUUAUUUUAAGAGUCGUGACGGUGCGUAAUUGGCACUCUGCGUUUGUUUUUAUCCGAACAAUUCACCCGAAGCAGGUCGCAAAAGACACCGAGUACAACAGUACGUACUGGAUUGUUGGCACACACGAAUGAAUCCAGGAACAUUCCCCGGCAUUGCACUAUUCAUUUGACUACGUACGGAGAUCACACGAUCAUGCUUUUUUGCCGGCUGUUACCUCCCCGUGCCUCCCCCUCGUCCAAGUGUGCGCUCCAUGCAUAUCGUCGACAUUGCAAAAGUCCACGCGUGCCGCAACCAAGUGUACGCCCUCGGCAACUUUGCGCCGGCCACGGGGGCAAAAACGUAUGUCGCCCUGGCUGCACCCUUCGGGCCCGAGUGGCCAACGUUUGCUUCCAGCAUGGUGCGAACAAGAAAAUGUGCGCGUGGGCCGGGUGCCCCAAGCCCGCCCACGCGAGAACGUACGGCGUUUGUCGACGCCUCCGUCGUGAACACAAAAAAACAACCGCCUCCCCUCCUCCUCCUCCUGGCCCCCCCCCGACGUUAUUCAGAUGGCCCUCGAUUCCCUCCAAUACGACAGGGGGGGCAGUAACGCGGAUGCUUUCGGUUGUGUCGGUUGGGGCUGCGACAGCGUUGACAUUCUCGAUGUGCUUUUAAUGUCGUCCUUAUAAUCGCGCGAUAGUACGUACGCCAGCUCCA